UUGAAAAUUUGUGAAGAAUCAUAGAAUUUUUGAAAUAUGCGCACAGUUACCUUCCACACUUAACAUUUAUGUUAAAUCAGUAUAUCAUACACAGAGUUUAUUAAAUAAGUUCGCCGUACGAUGUAGAGUUGGCAAACCUAUUUAAUAAUUGGCCAUUGUUUAUUUCAAAUGUUAAGCAAUAAUCCAAAUUUUUAAUCAAAAUUGCGCGCAUUUUAUACAAAUAGAGAGAGAGGUAUAAACAUGUCUAUAGUCUUGGAUGUUGUGCAAAAGAUAGUCUUGUAUAGCGCAUACGAGCUGACCUGCGCCGCCGCCGCUCAGGUUCUGAGCAAGUGCCGAAUCAUACACGCAAGGAAAGGCGCAAAGUUCAAAAUGCCAAAAGUGAUGGAUGAUAGGAAGAUGGCAUACGAGAAGCCAGACGCGCCCGAAGUUCUAGAUCGUUACAAAGUGGAUCCCAAGCCGAGUAGCCAGCUGCUGGACGCCCAGUAUGCGAUCUCCCAACUCGACUUGACAUACAAGAAUUGUGGACCCAUUUGUCCGCCAAAGAGCUCGAUGAUGCGCUUGGCCAGGGAUAGCUACUUCUCGUAGACUCGCAUAUAGAAACAAAAGGCAACUUAUCGCAUAGAUAAAAUAACUUUAAUAGAGAGUAUGGAUGAUCCACAACUUGGAUAACAAAUUGAACAAUUAACUUCAUGGUGAAUUGCCCACAUGUCUUUAGUUCACAGAAGAGGUACAAAAUUAACUGCAACAUUUUCAGAAGUAAACAAGAAUUGGAUGAGCACACCGAAGUGUGCCUUUUAAUAUCGAUAAAUUGUUAUCGGAACUGAACCAGCUGAAUGAUUUGGCUCGCGGAAGCAUUUUGCGUUUACGUUGGUAUUCAUAACGGUAUUGGCUUUGCGGAAAGCCGCCAAAAUACGUAACAGAA